AUGGGAAUUUGUGAGAAAUUCGAUAAUGCCAUUCCAGGGAAAACAAGACGUGGAUUAGGUGUUUUCGUUGGUAUUUUAGAUCUAUUCCUAUUCGGUGGAUAUCAUUAUGGUUUCAAUUCAUUAAUUGACACAUAUAAAUCACUGGGAUUAUUCGCUUACAAUUGUACACAAUCUGGUUGUAUGUAUCAUGAUAAUAAAUUUGGAAUCGCCUUCAAUGUCUGGUUGGUAACACAAAUGUGUUUAAUUACACUGGCUGGAUUAUUUAUGGAUAAAGUUGGUUUAAGAGCAUUAAAAUUAGUAGCAACUGUUAUGUAUGCUAUUGGAACAAUAAUGUUUGGAUUUACAACAGGUACCAGAGAAGUGUUAUUCUACGCUGGUGGGAUAUUAGUCGCGUUAAGCAGUGUCUGUACCCUGAUUUGUGAUCAUCAGAUUAGUUCAAUGUUUCCACAUAUACGUGGUUUUUGUAUAUCAUUGUUUUCUGGAGCAUUUGAUUCAAGUACAGUGAUUGCUUAUGCUAUCUCAGUGAAUCAUACACGCUUUUCAUUACAAUGGUCAUUUGUCACUUUAGCUAUGGGGCAUUGA